ACACAUCUUCCCUUUCCACCUGCUCCUCUGACCUACUCAUCCCUCAAACCAAUACCAGAACCAUGAGCUGCUGUGGCUGUUCAGGAGGCUGUGGCUCCAGCUGUGGGGGCUGUGGCUCCAGCUGUUGCAAGCCUGUGUGCUGCUGCAAGCCUGUGUGCUGCUGUGUGCCAGCCUGUUCCUGCUCCAGCUGUGGGGGCUGCAAGGGAGGCUGUGGCUCCUGUGGGGGCUGCAAGGGAGGCUGUAGCUCCUGUGGGGGCUGUGGCUCCUGUGGUGGCUGCAAGGGAGGCUGUAGCUCCUGUGGGGGCUGUGGCUCCUGUGGUGGCUGCAAGGGUGGUUGUGGCUCCUGUGGUGGCUGCAAGGGUGGUUGUAGUUCCUGUGGGGGCUGCAAGGGAGGCUGUAGCUCCUGUGGGGGCUGUGGCUCCUGUGGUGGCUGCAAGGGUGGUUGUAGUUCCUGUGGGGGCUGCAAGGGAGGCUGUAGCUCCUGUGGGGGCUGUGGCUCCUGUGGUGGCUGCAAGGGUGGUUGUAGUUCCUGUGGGGGCUGCAAGGGAGGCUGUAGCUCCUGUGGGGGCUGUGGCUCCUGUGGUGGCUGCAAGGGUGGUUGUGGCUCCUGUGGUGGCUGCAAGGGUGGUUGUGGCUCCUGUGGGGGCUGCAAGGGAGGCUGUGGCUCCUGUGGGGGCUGUGGCUCCUGUGGUUGCUGCCAGUCCAGCUGUUGUAAGCCCGGUUGCUGUCAGUCCAGCUGCUGCAAACCCUGUUGUUCUUCAGGCUGUGGGUCUUCCUGCUGCCAGUCCAGCUGCUGCAAGCCCUGCUGCUGCCAGUCCAGCUGCUGCAAGCCCUGCUGCUGCCAGUCCAGCUGUUGCAAGCCCUGCUGCUGUCAGUCCAGCUGCUGUGCUCCUGUAUGCUGCCAGUGUAAGAUCUGAGACUUUCCAAGAAGUACCUCUACUAUUCCUUUACUUCUGUAGUCUACCUUCUUUGGAAGCUGUGGGAUUAUAAUGACUUUCCUACUCAAGUUCAAGGCUUCCUUCUCCAGCCCUUGAUGGGAAGGAGCAAAUCACUGCC